GAGACGACCCCCCGCACGCUACGUGACGGUGAGUUCAACGGGUGCUCGCGCGCCGGCAGUUUUGUUUUUGAGUAAUUCGCUUGUGGUGCGUUGCAGUCAUUGGGCGGUGUCUGAUCUCUCGGGGCGCGCGCUGGGAGGGAGGGGCGCAAUGACGGCUGGUGACAACUGACAGCUGACUUGGCCGAGGGGGCGCCAGGGAUGGCUCCCCACAGCUGGGAGCUGUGAGAAACUUCUGAGUGGACUGCUGGCCCGAGCGCCUCACCAUGGGGCGCAAGAAGCCGGCGGCGGCGCCGGCCUCCUCUCCCAAGGCGGCGACCAGCUCGAAAAUUAAAGCGUCAUCACCUCGAGCCGCUCUGAAACGCUCCCCAGUCAACAAACUGCUCUCCUCGUGGUCGACCGAGACGAGUCCUCGCUCCAGAAAGAGCGCUGCCUCGUCCUCCCCAUCACCCACAAAAGUUGGCGGCGCUCGCGCGUCGGGCUCUGCGGCGGCCGGUCCGUCCAGAGUCGUCCCGUCGGCGCCUCUCAUCUCUCCACCGGUGAACCGCUGCGAGGGAACCAUGGACACAGCGCGGCUGCUGCUCUCUAUGAAGGAGAACGCGUCGGCGGCGCUGUGGCCUCCGGAACCAGUCAGCACUGCCGUUGGGGAUGGGGCCCACCUGUCCAGCGACAACUACCGGCCGGGUUUGAGCGAACUGGUGCCGCAGCGGAGGGGUAUCUCACCCCCGCGUGGUGGAGGUCUCUUGCUGGAUCUCGAUCGCCAGUCGGUGGACAGUAGUGCGGCCGAUAGUGUUGUGGACACCGAGCUGAGCAUGACAGACCUGCUGCGAGCGCCGGCCGCGCCGCGUGCCAACAAACCGCCCACCAAACGACACGCGUGCACCAUUUGUGACAAGGUGAUGGGCUCACGCAGUGACCUGGUGAAGCACGUGCGUAUUCACACGGGAGAGAAGCCGUACAGCUGUAGCUACUGCCCGGCGCGGUUCACUCAGCUGGGCAGUCUGCGGGCACAUGAAACACGUCACACGGGCGUCAAACCGUUCAAGUGUGACAUCUGCUCGCGUGCGUUCAGCAUCAAGGAGCGUCUCAAGGUGCACAUGCGUAUCCACACUGGCGAAAAACCCUUCCACUGCGACCUCUGCGACAAGUCGUUCGCGAGAGGAAGUCAGCUCAUCCAGCACAAGCGUACUCACACGGGGGUGAAGCCCUACAGUUGUUCCUACUGCAACAUGAAGUUCGCCUUCGCCACCAACCUCAAGCUGCAUGAGAAGAAACACUCCGGCAUCAAAGACUUCGAGUGUCCCCGUUGCUACAAGGGCUUCGUGCGUCAGGAUGCCUUACGCAAGCACAUUCAGUCCUACCACGAGAACGAGAGACCGAUGCGCUGUCCCAUCUGCGACAAAAGCUUCAAGGGCCACCUGGGCACGCACCUGCGGGUACACACACAGGAGAAGCCCUACUCGUGCACGGUGUGUGAGGCAGCGUUUGCACAAAACUCGCAGCUGACAGUGCACAUGCGUGUGCACACCGGGAUCAAGCCGUAUGCUUGUCAGGUGUGCCCUCAGAAGUUCGCUCAUUCUACGGCGCUGAAGGUCCACCUUCGGCAGCACACGGGCGAAAAGCCCUACCGGUGUCCGCUGUGUAACCACUUCUUCAACCAGUUACCCCACCUGAAGAAACACCUGCGCAGCAUCCACAAACGCGAGGACCCCUACAUGUGCGGCGCGUGUCGACAGUUCUUCAAGACCAAAGCCGAGCGGGAGCGGCACGUGGAGUCGGACCACCCGCAGUACCCGGCUCACGGCGGCGGCGGCCCCGAGUUUGGCAAGGUGGACACCUACCGCACAGAGAUCCUGGAGCCGGAGACCAUGCCGGAGAUCAUCACUCGCGGCGGCAUGGCCGUCUCCAAGCUGCGCGGCUACCUGGCGAUCCUGAUGAAGAAGAUCAGCACUAGCGCCAGGCUGCUCAAGUUUGGGUUCGGCCGGCGGCUCAUAGAUGACGUUCUCAAGGACUCACUCGAGACUGGCGGCAAAACUCCAUUCCGAGAAGGCGGGAACGAGGUGGAGAUUUUGCGCGCCAACGUUCAGCUGCUGCUCGACUGGACCAUUCCGCGCGACUACAUGGAACAGUACAGAAAGGAGCGCAAAACCGUGGAGGAGAUCCUGGAGGAGCUAGCAUCGUAGGUGGCGCCGGCGAAGCAUUACAACGGGCGCUGGGGGGUUCGAGCUCUGAAUGGGUCGAGGGAGGAAAAGGAGGUGGGCUAUGAUUCAUGGUGAGCUUCUGGGAGGGUUAUACUUGGUCACUACGAUAAAUUGGGGAUGGAUAGUAUGUCUCAUGGGAGUAAGUGUGGGUUUCAGGGUUUUAAGGGGGAGUGAGGGUGGACGAAGGGGCUGGCGGACAUUUGACAUCCGGGACGUCGGGGACCACCCGCCGCUGCUGGUCUGGUCUGUGGGACCUGGUCCCAUGGGGACCGGACCGGCCCGCGGUGCGUCUGGUCAUCCUCAAACCGUUAAGAAGAGGAAGGGGGGGGGGGGCUGAAUGACACACGAUGGGAGGUCAGGCACCAGUACACGGGGCACCGCUCCUGGCAGAACAAUCAGUACCAAUCUGUGCACGAGCUUCUGCGGCCGGCUACCGAGGGGAGGGGGGGGGGCAGUAGCCGGCCGCUGUCACCUUGUAGUCACCGUCUAGUCGAGAACGACAGGCAUUAGUGCGAGAUCUCGUUGUCUUUGUAUAGCUGGUGUCCGACCGCGGGUGAGGAAGUAGUACCUACCGCGACCCAAGACGGGUUUCAGUGUUAAUGUCGAGCUGUUGUGGCCAUGACAGGGCGUUUGUCGUGCGCUCAGGACGAUAUCCCACCGAUUGUGUGCUUGUGUAUUACGCUGAAAACAGCGCAUAUGCGUAAUCGUUUUUUUUGUGACGGUAACUAACUAGAAACUACAGACAUCGCUUGGUUUACCAUCGGGCAUUUUAAAGACCGCAUUUAUAGGGCAUUUGUAAGCUGAUACUGUAGGCCAGCCAGUGUAGAAACCAUGGCCUGAUCAGUGACGCAUUCUUCAAGGUUUUAAGAUAUUUUCUUGUCGCCCCUAAAGACAGGUCAGUCACAUUUUGAGCUUGUACACAUUCUGGUCAGUUCAGUUGGUCAUUUUUAGCAUGCUCGAUAGACGGUGACUAGCGCCGGUAAGUUGUAUAUACGCGUGCAUGUGGCUGGGUGCGUGUGUGUAUGCGUGGUUGGUGUGGAGUGCAGAUCUAGUCCCGACUUGUGCCGCCGGCACGGCCGCCGCUUGCCCAGCCGCGGCCAACAAAGUCCAAGGGCGACUGAGUUCUGCGCUAGUCACUCGUGUACAGAAGCUGCCCUCUGGCGGACAGUAGGUGCUGCUACCUACCGACAGUGGAAUGACAGCAUGGCAGGGACGCGCACGGCGAUGGUCCCGACUUCUCGCAACACAAACAUAUCAAUGCUCGUUUUUGUGAAACCUUUUAGGGAGUAAGUGCACUUUGUCAUUAAAGCUAUUCCUUAUGGCCUUUUUAGUAUAAUGUGACUAUGAUCAAGUACGUCACAUUUGACCUGUUCAGUCUUUUAUUGCCUUCUCCUUCUUCACCAAAGUGUUUGCCCGGGACCAUUGCACCGUCGCGUUUCAUAGCCUCCCAGUGUAAUGGUAUGUGUUGUCGUGAGGUGUUACCGUGCCCAAACGGCCAUGUUUGGAUGAGUGCCCAGGAUCCAGUCAAUAGCGUAAGGAUAGCCCAGCCUCGGGCCAUCGGUUAAUGAAAACCGGUGGUUUCGUUCGCUAAUUUAGAAGUGUGCGUUUAACUUGGUUAGCCCAGCUCAUUUUUGUAAUUUUGUCUGCGCAUUACAAUCAAUGUAGUAGUCUAGGGGUAUUUUAGAAGCACUGUUUUUGCUUGUCUACGCGGAAAUCAACGUUCUAGCUGUAUCAAGGGAUAAUUUUGUCGUGCCAUUGUUGAUGCCAUGUGCGUGUACUGUGUAUAUAGGUGCAUGGAGGGGAUUGGGGACAUUGGCCAGUAGGAUGAGUGUGCUAAUCCAGUCCGGUGAUCACAGUUACCGGUCACGUGACCCAAGGCUGAGCGUCAGCUGGUGGCAGGCCGACGGUCGACCGACGGUCACGUGACCUUUUAUGCACUCGUGAAGCUUCAUAGCUUCGUGAGCUUGUGUUUACUUGCCGAUUGAAUCGUGUUUCCCGUGAGUUUAAUCUAGCCGUGCCAGUACCGAUGGUGUGAAAUUGCCGCUACAGUGCGCAUUUCUACCAGCUUUGUUACCUAGAUCAGGGGAUCUUGUAGUAAAGUUUGAUUUUAGGUAUGAGAUGCAAGUGUGUUUCGUGCGCUGGUUUCUUGUAGCUUGUGACAUAUAUGAUGCAUAUGCUGUAUUCUGAUCCAUGCUGCAUGUACGUGUUGAUAUUCUCUUAUUGGAUUGUCCAGCACAGCACCUAGUAGGCAGUGCCGUCCCUCGCCAAGGCGUUCGCGUCUGGACGGCCCAGCCGCUGCCUAAUGCCUAUCUCACGUCAUUGUGCCUAUACAGUAGCCGGUGACUAUCGCUGUGUGACUCGUGGCGCCCCGCGUGGUCACGUGUCACGUUCACGUGGCACGAGCCGGUCGGAUCGCUAACAAGGGUACCGCCUCAGUCACAGCUCAAACUAUGCCAGGCUAUGUAGGGUGUAUUGUCUGAAUAUGUGUUGUCCAGUGUCGGCACACCCACUGCACUGCAAAGCAUCGAACGUACUGCCUCUAAAUAGCUGCAUGACGCUCAGCACAGGCACCAAUGCACCGUUCUUUCAAUACAGAGUUGAGACGUU